UUAAUAGUUUUUAUUCCAAAUAUAAGCAUAAUUUACUGUAGAAUUCUUUGUAAAACAUUUCCGAAUAGAAAAGAAACUUCAGAAUCUCUUUUUAAAAUUUAUACAAGAUGAAAGCUUUCUUUUUAUUCGUCACAUUGGCUGUUGCUGUUGCAGUAUGCCAAGCUGGACAAGAGAAUUGUGAUGAAAGCAAGGGUGAAAAGUUUGGCACCUGUUACUCAGCCUGUCCUGAUACUUGUUCAAACUACAAAGAUCAAGGUCGUAUCUGCACUUUGCAAUGCAUCAUAGGUUGUGGAUGUCCAAGUGGAACAGUUCGAAGAGAAUCUGAUCAACAUUGUGUUAAACCUGAAGAAUGCUGAAAGGUGCAUAGUCUGAAUGUUUUUCAAUAAAACUUUUCAAACUA